CGUGCCGUGACGUGGCGUGGUGCCACUCUCUCUUCUAUAUCUUCUUUAAUUUUUGUCGAGUUCAGUAAAUAUUUGUAUGGACGGGAACUCGGGGUUUCGCCUUUUCAUGCUUCUCCGGCGACUUUCCGGUGACGUGUAAUCCUAAGAAUAAGAAAAAAUGCAGCAAUUCUCGUAUGCUGGGGUGGAAAACUAGUAGUUUUUCAGGAAAAAAUAUUACGUCAUUGUGUGGUAGAAAUGGUGCAAGGUCUGUCAUUAACCACUCUUCCAACUUCUGGAAACAGUGGGGUUUAUGGAUCAAUCCCUUCAUGGAGGGAGCAUUACCAGCUAAUGAAGAAAGUUCGGAUAGCCUCUGCAACUGAUAGACAUUACAUCUUGCAUCAGUGCAUGCAAAAAUUAUUCUUGGCAGGUAAUUCCAAUAUAUUAAGGCCCAGAAAUUUAAGGGCUGAAGCUGGAUGGCCGUUCAAAGGAGGUGGGCAGGGAUUGGAUGCAAGUUCAGAGCGUAGUGAGAGUGCUAAUGAGGACAUUUUGAUCUUCUUUUUCCAGCUGGACUUGGCUACUCGAGUGCAGUAUGCUCUAAAUUUGGAGCAGUAUGAAAUUGCACAGCAACUGAGAAACAAGCUUACCGAAGUUGAAGCAGAGGUCAUCAGGCAGCAAGAAGAAAAACGGGGAUCAUCUUCAAAGAGUGAAGCUCAAGAUAAGGCUAUAAGGAUCAUACGUCUACGGGCAGACCUUCAGAAUGCAAUUGAGUGCGAGAAUUAUGCUUUGGCUGCAGAGUUACGGGAUGAAAUUUCCAAACUCGAGGCAGAGUCCUUGGCAGCAUCAGCAAAAGCUCUGGUAUAUGAAAAUGCACAAUAUACAUUUCGUUUGGGACAGAAAGUGGAGCACAAAAUUUUCGGUUAUCGUGCUGUAAUUUGUGGAAUGGAUCCCAUGUGCUGUGAAUCAAGUUCAUGGAUGGAGAUUGCCCAAGUUGAAAAGUUGUCUCGAGGUUCUAAUCAGCCAUUUUAUCAGGUUUUGGUUGACGUGCGUGCAGACCCCAAUCUACUGGUGGCUUAUGUUCCUGAGGAGAAUCUAUUAGCCUCUGACCGACCUGAUAAGGGCAGGUUUGAUCAUCCCUAUAUCUCCUUUUUAUUCUAUGGAAUGGAUGGAGCUGGAGAUUUCAUCCCAAUCAAGCAGCUGCGUGAAAAAUACAAUCGGCCCCGGCAUGAAAUACCCUUUGAUCCAGAAGAUGAGGAGCCUCAUGCUGAUGCUUAAGAGACUAAUGCCUGUUGAAUAUUUGUGUUAAGCGUUUAAGAGUAGAAGUACGUAGUGGAAUUUGUGUUGAUAGCUUUUAUCCGAUAGUAGAUUGGACCGUACGCAGAUUUCAGAGGCUAAUUUGAUUAUAAUCCCAAUUCCCAAAUGCACUGAUAAUUGGGCCUA